UCCCAGCCCCUGCUAGCCGGCUUUGUUCCGGGGCCGCGGCGAUCUCACGACUAAACUGCAGGGUUGGUGCCUCGCAGAGAGGUUAGUGCUUGUGCCCGGUCUCUCCGCCUGGCUCUCUGAGGUGCCGCGAGAGCCUCUCCCCACGGGCCUCUCCUGCGGCCCUCCGCUGGGCGUGAGAAGGGGCCUGGGCUCAGCCCCGGCAUUGGCUCCUGCCCCAAAACCCUCGCUAGGUGGACUUGAGCCGUUAACCGACGCCGGGGCGGGGGCGUGGGGAAAAGAGAGAGGCUUGAAGGGGAAAGAAAAGACCGGAGGGACCCUCCUUGGACCCCGCUCUGUGCGUAGCAACAGUUGCUAGGAGAAAGGGACGCGUCUUCUUCCGCAAUGACUGAUGAAACACCUUCACUUUGGAGCUUUGGAACAACAAAAACAUUUCAGAUUCCCAUUGAACAUCUGGAUUUCAAAUUUGUUGAAAAAUGUUCUGAUGUUAAGCAUUUGGAAAAGAUUCUUGUUGUACUCAGGUCUGGUGAGGAAGGAUUUUACCCUGAACUUAUAGAAUGUUGUGAAAAACGCAUCCAAACCCUAUGCCCUGAAAGUAGAAUCUUACGAAAAGAGAAACCUGUGGCAACAGCAUCGAGUUUUACACGAGAAGAAUGGGAAAAAAUCGAUGGUGAUAUAAAGAGUUGGGUAUCAGAAAUAAAAAAGGAAGACUCUAAGAUGCAUUUUCAUGAAAUGGACACAUUUCAAGAAUUGGAAGACCAUCUGCCUCCAGUUCGUGGUACAAAUAACCCUCUUAAUACUGACAAGGAGAAAGAUAAUAAAUCUGGAUCCUCUCAAAAGAAGAAAGUACCAAGAGAUUAUGCAGAGUGGGAUAAAUUUGAUGUGGAAAAAGAAUGUUCAAAGAUCGAUGAAGAUUAUAAAGAAAACACUACCCCAAAUAUCAGGCCACGUUCACUUAAGAUUGAGAAGAAUAUUGAUACAAUAGGUCUGAGUGGCAAAGAAAAAGAUUUCUUAGCUACCCGUGAAAAAGAAAAAGGCAAUGAAGCUUUCAGUUCAGGUGACUAUGAAGAGGCUGUGACAUAUUAUACUAGGAGCAUAUCAGUAUCUCCCACAGUGGCUGCAUAUAAUAACAGAGCUCAAGCAGAAAUCAAACUAAAGAACUGGGAUAAUGCUCUUCAAGAUUGUGAAAAAGUGUUAGAGUUGGAACCUGGAAAUUUAAAAGCUUUUAUGCGACGUGCCACUGCAUAUAAACAUCAAAACAAGUACAAUGAAGCAAUAGAGGAUUUGAAGAAAGUGCUAAAUGUUGAACCAGACAAUGCUAUAGCGAAGAUCACAUUACAGAAAAUCUUGUCAGAAGUUGAAAAAGACCUGAACAAGACUCAGCCUGAAUCUGCCCCAGCAACCAAAGGGAAAAGAAUCGCUAUUCAGGAAAUAGAGGAUUCAGAGGAGGAAAAUGGAAGAAGUGGAGAACAUGAAAAUGACAGUGGAGAUAAAAAAAACGAGGUGCCUGUGGGAGGAGAGCAGAGAAGUGACCUGACUGAAAUGGGAAAUGUGCAAAAUAAGUUUACUGUCAAAGGCAAUGGGAAAAAGUCCCGAGGAAAGGAGGCUCAGAAGUGCGGCGAGCAAACCUUGAGUGGGGGCCCCUCCAAGGGACCGAACAUAAAGCCUUCACCCCAACUCGGAGGGGAAGUUAAUGGCCAUCUCGGGAGUGACAGAAGUGCAGGUGGGAGUAGUGGGGCCAAGGAAGACCCCAGACGUGGGCCCACCGCUUCUCCUUUGCCCGUACCCGCCGACGGGGACACCGCUGCAGACCUGAAAAGCCAAGGAAAUGAGUUGUUCAAAAGUGGCCAGUUUGGGGAGGCAGUGCUUAAAUACUCCCAAGCUAUGGAAAAACUCCAGGCUUUAGGAAAUGAAAGUGCCGAGGAACUAAGUAUCUUAUACUCAAAUAGAGCAGCAUGUUACCUAAAGGAAGGCAACUGCAGUGGCUGCAUUCAAGAUUGUAGCAGGGCCCUGGAACUUCAUCCUUUUUCUAUAAAACCUCUCUUGAGACGAGCAGUAGCAUACGAAACAAUGGAACAGUAUCGAAAAGCAUAUGUAGACUAUAAAACAGUAUUGCAGAUAGACAACAGGAUACAGGCAGCAAAUGACAGCAUUAACAGAAUAACAAGAACUUUAAUAGAUCAAGAUGGUCCAACUUGGAGGGAAAAAUUAUCCCCAAUUCCAGCUGUUCCUUUUUCAGUUCAAUUACAUAGAUUAGAAGGAGGAAAUCCUGAGGCACAGACAACACAAAAUGGAACUACUGAGUCCAGACACCAUCAAAAGCCAAGUGUCACAGGAGAAAAACGUGAAGAAAUGUUUGCAACCCUUAAGGAAGAAGGAAAUGAAUUUGUAAAGAAAGGGAAAUAUAAAGAAGCUCUUGACAAAUACAGUGAAUGUUUGGAGAUAAAUCACAGUGAAUGUGUUAUAUACACAAACAGGGCUCUUUGUCACCUGAAGUUAUGCCAGUUUGAAGAGGCAAAAGAGGACUGUGAUCGAGCUCUUGAGAUAGAAGAGGCUAAUGUUAAAGCUUUCUAUAGGAGAGGUCUUGCUCACAAAGGACUAAAGAAUUACCAGGAAAGUUUGAAUGAUCUCAACAAAGUUCUCCUGAUAGACCCAAAUGUUUCUGAAGCAAAGAAAGAACUAAAAGAGAUAACCAUAUUUCUUAAUGACAAGGAUAACACACCACUACACAGUCAAGAAAAGGAAAGGAGGAAAAUAAAAAUUGAAGAGGUGAGGGAGAAUAGCAAGGAACAGCUUGAAGAUGGUUCUCUGGAGAAUGUCUCAGUUACUGGCCAUGAUUUGGAGAAGGGGCCAGCAAGCAGCAGGCCUCCAGCAACGGACUUGGAAAAACUCCACAUUUCAAAACCUACCAAUGCCUAUGAAUUUGGUCAGGUUCUUAAUGCCAUAAACAUGAGGAAAGAUGAAGAAGCCUGUGCGAAGCUCUUAGCCAUCACAGACCCAAAAGAUUUGCCAUCGUUGCUGAGUAACAAACUGGAAGGGGACACUUUCCUUCUCCUUAUCCAGUCUCUGAAAAAUCACCUUCUUGACAAUGAUCCCAAGUUGGUCUAUCAGCAUCUUUUGCAUCUAAGUAAAGCAGAAAGAUUUAUGAUGAUGUUGACACUGCUUAGCAAAGGACAAAAAGAACAGACCCAGCAGCUGUUGGAGGCCCUUUCCCACAAAUCAAACCAUGAGUUUACUUCAGAGGAUGUACAGAACUUGAAAAAGCAUUAUGAACUUUAAACUGAGGGUUGUUUUCUUUUAUUUGUUUGCUUGUUUGUUUUAAUUUCUCCAUCUAUGAGUAGGUCCCAGGAAUAUUUGCAGACUGGGGCUGUCAGCUGCCUGGAUGAAUGGAUAAAAUUGAGCUUUGAAAGGCACCUUCUUUGUUUGGAUUGUUGAAGAUUUGCAAAGGAUUGUGUACGCACCUUCUACAAUUUGCUGCUCCCCUUUAACUUGUAUAUAUUAACUUCCCUAGAGACAUAACAUCUUUUUAUUUAAUUAGUUGACUUGAUAAUGAUUCAUUUUGAGUGUAUUUAAGUACAUUCACCUUUUAUAAUUUCCAUUUUUUUAGUCAUUUGUUUGGCAAAAUAGUUGAGUUAAAUUUGCAUAGUCUUAAACUCUGAAAAUGAGACCCUUUAAAGUUUAAUAGAAUAUGAUUACUUAGUUGAUUUUUAAAAUUUAAUUCUAUGAAAAUCUGACAACUGUACGUAUCAUCUUCAUUUCUUGCCAUGAAAUACAUAAAACCUAUUUUUAUAUUGCUAAUGGAAGGAUGAAAUGGAUAAAAGAAAUACAGAAUAUCCUAAAAGUCUUAGUGCUUUUAAUAAACUUAUUUAAAAAAAAAAAAAAAAAAGGACUAGAAGUUUUGGGACAUCUUGUACUUUGGUACUAUAAAGGUAUGCGGUUAUGAAAUAAAUGGUCCCUAUUUGGAUAAAGAUAAAAUGUGAAUUCCAGAUAAUCAGGCUUUUCAGGCUUAUGAAAGAAUGUUCAUUUACUGUUUUUCAAAGCAAUAAAUUGCCUUUCCUAAAGGGGUCUGUCUACCAUUGCACAUGAUUUUUUUCCAAUAGUAUUUGUUGCACCUAAUAAUUUCAACUUUCAAUAAUAGUUUCUUAUUUACAUGUGAUAGUAAUCAAUCUUAAAUAAGAUAUUAACAUAUGGAAAAGUUCUGUAGUUUUACUUAGAGACCUUAAAAAGCAAUGUGCUUAUGUAACCAAAAACAAAAGUCAUUUUGUAAAGCACCACCUGGUUGUCCCAACCAAGUGUUUACAUAUUUUUCAAUCAAAUUUUACUACUAUUCACUUAAGUCCUCUUUUUCUAUUUUGUCUGGAAGAGCUGACCACAUUUGCUUCCUCUCUAUGGAAAAAAAAAAAAGUAAAGAUUAGGUCCUAUCAGUACAGAAAGUGUGUCUCAGUUGUACAUUAGGAUUAAAGGAAUGUAUUUCAAAUAACCUGGGAAGUCUGCUAUUUACCUAGUGUAAUUGGUGCUUUGGAAACCUCUUAAGGAUACUGAACUCAGUUUAUUCAGAAAGUAAGAUUCUUAGUGCUGCACUGUUUUCUCUUCUGUUCCAUUUCCUCCUUUUUUAUGGUGGGCUCUUUUUUCACUUGUCAAAUUAGGAUACAAGAUAAUAAGCAGUGGACUUCCAAAAAAAAAGCAAUAUUUCUGUGCUUGUGGACCAUCCCAGAACCAAU